AGGUGAAGCUUCUGUUACUAGUAAUGUCUACUUUUGUUACACUUUCAUUUUCUCAUAAAACCCCUCCCCUUUUGAUAAGCUAUAAAAUGAGUGCUGAAACAUGUCAUUUCAUUCACCUCCUGAUCAAAGAUGGAUCUGCAAAUCUCACUUUUUCUAAUGUUUGUUCUUUUCACUGCAGGUAUGAAGACAAAUAGUGUUUGUAAUGUUAUUGAGUACAAAUACAGAUUAUUGAUGUGUCUUUCUCUUUUUUAUUACCAAAGGACACUCUCUCAGCUGUUAUGAGUGUACGGGUCUGACGGAUUCUUGUGUGAAUCAAAAUGUUAAAACAUGUCCCAGUGGAUCUUCCAAGUGCAUGAGUUUAACAACAAUGGGACAAUCUGAUGACAUGCAUAAAAUAAAGGUUAAAGACUGUUUUGCUGACUGUGCAAAUGGAUCCAUAAACCUCGGCAUUGUAAAGAGUUCUGUUGCGUGCUGUAAUACAGACCGGUGUAACGUCCAAGAUGCUCCAGAUCCCUCUAAUGUCCCCAAUGGAAAGACAUGUUACUCUUGUGAUGGGAAGAGCUGCUUAAACAUACUGAGCUGUUCAGGGAGUCAGGACCGCUGUCUUAAAGCAGCAGGACACUCUUUCAACUGUUACUCCUGUGUGAGUCUGAUGGGUUCUUGUACAACUAAAAAAGUAAAAACAUGUCCCAGUGGACUUUCCAAGUGUGUGAGUUUAACAACAACAACAGAAGCUGGUAGCAUCAAGGCUAAAGAUUGUGCUGUUGACUGCGCAAGUGGAUCUAUGAAUGUCGGCACUGCAAAGAAUUCUUUGGUGUGCUGUAACACAGAUAAGUGUAACACCCAAGAUGCUCCAGAUCCCGCUAAUGUCCCCAAUGGAAAGACAUGUUACUCUUGUGAUGGGCAAAGUUGCUCAAACAUAUUGAGCUGCUCAGGGAGUGAAGACCUCUGCUUUAAUGGAACAGCGAAUAUCGGGGGGCCAGUCAAAAGUUCUAAAAGGCUGUAUCUCCAAAUCUAUUUGUAAUGGCACGAAAAUGGUUACUGAUGUUCAGGGUGUCUCAUGCUGUGAGGGGAACCUGUGUAAUGGUGCUCAGAGUGUCACUCAGAAUGUCAUUCAAAGUGCUAAUCGUGCUCAGAGCAUCACUCAGAGCUUCCUGUUCCUCUGCUGUUCUCUGCUCUCCUUCAUCCUGCUGCACUGAAUCCAGCAGCUCUUCACAUUCUACGAUGAGACACAAUGAACUGAAUAUAAGCCUUGUAUUUUCUCUGUACAGUGCAUCUUUUGAGUCCUGAUAAGAUUUUUGUGACAUUCUGUUGUGUUAUAUUUAAUAUAGCUUUGUCAUGCUGUAAAAAGUCAGAAAUAAAAAAGGUUUAUAUGAUCAUUA